CUUGAUUGGUUUAAAAGUUUGAAUCACUUCAUUUCUUCUGAUUGAUUUCGGCGGGACAGGCACAUAUGGGCAUGGGGUAAAAUAUGAUUUAUUAAACUAAAUGUUCAGAUUUAUCCACUUAAAAUGAUUUGGCGUUGUGUUAUUUGCUGCCUCUUUGUGGCAUUGUCGUUAAGAGCUCUGCUGAGUCACAUAAACACCGGUUCCAGCCCGGAUUUCCACGUGAUCUGUGGGAUUGAUGGUUGCACUCAGAAAUAUCGAAUCUACAACUCAUUUUACUAUCAUGUCAAACGGAGGCAUUCUUCGCAUUUUAUCAGUCACAAAUCGAGGUCAAGUGGAAGCCAAAAUUCAGCUCAAGCUAAAGGGAACAAUUGCCGUGCAUGUGCAUCUGCAGAUAUUGGAAUCCAAGUGGAAGAGAGACUUUUCGAGAAUUUCGGUAUCCCACUUCAGCCAGAAUUUCUGCCAAAUGAACAUGUGUCAAGCAUACCAGGAAAUACCAACGACGAGGACAAUUUGAACUUUACCGUUGGCCAAGAACCAGACAUCGCCGAUUCCGCCAGCUCUGUUGAUGGCGCUGCGUUUACACCGUUGACUGAACCAGAACAAGAGGCAAUGCACCAUGAAGAAAGUGAUGAGCCUGAAGUUGAUAAACUGAGAAAGCAUGCUUCUGCAUUUGUACUGACUUCAAGAGUGAAACACUGCCUUUCCCAGCGAGCUGUCAGUGACAUAAUUUCCUGGGUGCAGCAGUAUCAAGCCUCACUGUUGGACUGCCUUCGGAGCCAAAUUACAGAUGUUAUUCACAGACAAUCAGGAGUCACCGAUCAAAUGAUGAGUGAAGUUCUGGACAUUUUUAAUAACUUUGAAGACCCUUUUGAAACUGUUUCCACCACAUAUAUGCAAGAUUCAAAUCUAAAAAAGCAGUUCAAGGUAGUUGAAGCCGAAGAAAUUGAAAUUUCCCAGACUGCAUCCUUUAGGAGAAGAGGAACCUCACAAGCUCUAACAAUAAGACAAAUAUGCUUUUACUAUAUUCCUUUGGUCCGAAGUUUGGAACAACUACUUUCACAUCCAAUGAUUCUAGCAAUGUUUGACAAUGGACCAAACCAAAGCAAGGAUGGAUUUGUCAAUGACAUUAUUGAUGGGGAUAUUUUGAAGUCCCAUCCACUGUUCUCUGUGAGACCCAAGCUGCAGAGCGCAGCUUAUCCUGUAUACUGAUGAGAUAGAACUGUGCAAUCCUCUGGGGUCGUAUGCUUCAAUAAACAAACUCCUAAUGGUGUACUACACUUUGGGCAAUAUAAAUCCUAAACAGAGGUCUAAGUUAGCUGCCAUCCGUCUACUUGCCAUUGCAAAAUCAAGUGAUAUCUCUCAGUGUGGUGUAGAUGUGAUUUUGCAGAGAAUACAAGAGGAUUUGAAUUUGUUGUAUAAUGGAGUGAACAUCAAAACUGCCCACACGGAGCGAACACUGUAUGGUGCAGUAGUUUCUUUCUGUGGAGAUACCCUAGCUCAGCAUGAGCUAACGGGCUUUAAAGAGGGAGUUGGAUUUGCGUUCCGAAAAUGCAGACACUGUGAGUGUAGUUUUGAGGAUAUGCAAGUUCACUUUGAUGUAGAAAACUUUGUCAAACGGUCUUUAGAUCGACAUGUCAGACAGUGUAAUGAAAUUGAGAGGGCAGCCACAGACUUUCUGAGAAGCAGUUUGAAAACCACUUAUGGAAUUAAUAGGAAAAGCAAACUAAUUGAUUUCCCAGCCUUUGAUCUCAUCAGGCAAACACCUCAGGAUAUUAUGCAGGUGAUAUUAGAAGGUGUGGCACCACUGGAAGUUAAAACUGUACUUAAACAUCUUGUGCUAUCAGGGCAGCUGGAACUGGACACAUUUAACAGUGCUAUUCUAGGAUACCCAUACUCCUCUGAUGUCCGAGAUAAACCUUGCCCUAUUACUGUCACCACAUUAUCAUCGAAUGACAACAGACUAAAGCAAUCAGCUUGGCAAAUGCUUGUCUUAUUGAAGAUUCUGCCAUUCGUGUUGGACAGCUGUGAAAGAAAUGAGUACUUUCAAGUGAUUAAUUGAGUUAAUAGAGAUUGUUCAGAUCUUAUUUGCACCAGUUAUUGCGUCGGCCACUGCAGAAAAGCUUAAGUUGCUUAUUAAGUAACAUCUGAGCAAUGUUAAACGGUUAUUUCCUGAGAACAAUAUAACACCAAAGCAACAUUAUUUGAUACAUAUUCCUGAACAGAUUAAAGAUUUAGGUCCAAUGGUCAGACACAUGUGUAUGCGAUUUGAAUCGAAACACUGUUUUUUCAAACAGUGGUCUUCCAAGUUAAAUUUUAAGAAUGUUUGCAAGUCCUUGGUUAAACACAAUCAGAUGUUUGAGAGUUGUCAAAAUGUCAGUCGUGAGAAUCACCCAAUUUUUUCAAAAGACAUUCUAUUGGGUCCUGUAUCUGAAGUGGAAAAUAUGAAGUAUGUGCAGGAUAAAAUGAGAGCUUUUUUGGGUGUAGAAAACGUGCAUCAUGUGAUGUCUGCAAAAUGGCUUGAGCUAAGUGGCAACCGGUACGUGCACCAGAAAUCAGUGAUUGUAAUCCAUGUUAACGAAGGCGUUCCUGUAUUUGGGCUCAUAAAGGACAUGUACAUUGUAAAUUAUUCCUUGUAUUGCUUUGAAUGUCAAGUUUAUAAUACAGUGGGUUUCAGUCGUGAGUUUGCUUCUUAUGAAAUUGAGGUCCCAAACCUUGCUCAGGCCACUGAGAUAGUGGAUUCAGAUAAAAUUGUAGAUUAUACAUCAUAUUACGCACUCAGUUUUAAGAACCGUACUUGCAUUCCUCUGAAGUAUUAUCUCGGAGAUGUGUGUGAGAUUUACAAGUGCACCACUAACUGCUAAUUUACUGGAAAACAAAUAAAAGUAAAGGGAAAGCACAGUCAGUUUCCUCUCUCCUUGGUUUUCUUUUUUUU